AAAAUGUUGGAGAAAUUUCAACUCUACGAAUCAGAUUCAGAUCACGAUGGAGGACAACGGCCACCAAACUCAACCGCUCCUCACGUCGCGACACCAAACACCACCAGACUCCGCAGUCUUCAAGGCGGACUCCGACGACAUCGCUCCAAUCGCCGCCGUCGGAGACUUCACCAGAGAGUUCUUCAUCGAGUCCAAGAAGCUCUGGUACCUCGCCGGCCCCGCCAUCUUCACCUCCAUCUGCCAGUACUCCCUCGGCGCCAUCACUCAGGUCUUCUCCGGCCACGUCAGCACCAUCGCCCUCGCCGCCGUCUCCGUCGAAAACUCCGUCAUCGCCGGCUUCUGCCUCGGCAUCACGUAUGGAAUGGGAAGCGCGUUGGAGACGCUGUGCGGGCAAGCAUACGGUGCGGGGCAGGUGCACAUGCUGGGCGUGUACAUGCAGCGUUCGUGGGUGAUUAUGAACUCGACGGCGAUUCUGCUUCUGCUCCUGUACGUGCUGGCGGAGCCGCUGCUGAAGGCGAUAGGGCAGACGGCGACGAUAUCGGAGGCGGCGGGGAAGUUCGCGCUCUUGAUGAUUCCGCAGCUCUUCGCCUACACCUUCAACUACCCUAUGCAGAAGUUCCUCCAGGCGCAGAGCAAGAUCAUGGCCAUGGCGUGGAUCGCCGCCGCCGCGCUCCUCCUCCACGUCCUCUUCAGCUGGCUCCUCAUGCUGAAGCUCGGCUGGGGACUGGUCGGCGCCGCCGUCGUGCUCAACGCCUCCUGGUGGUUCAUCGACGUCGGCCAGUUCGCCUACAUAUUGAGUGGCACCUGUGGGGAAGCGUGGUCUGGCUUCUCCCUCGAAGCCUUCCGCAACCUUUGGGGAUUCGUUCGCCUCUCUCUUGCGUCCGCCGUUAUGCUCUGCCUGGAGGUAUGGUAUUUUAUGGCUCUGAUUCUCUUCGCUGGAUAUUUAAAGAACGCGGAAGUCUCGGUGGAUGCCUUGUCUAUCUGCAUGAACAUAUUGGGAUGGACCAUCAUGGUAUCCUUUGGAAUGAACGCGGCCGUGAGUGUGAGAGUGUCAAAUGAACUGGGAGCAAGUCACCCAAGAACAGCAAAGUUUUCACUCCUGGUCGCUGUGGUUACUUCGAUUCUGAUCGGUAUCUUACUCUCACUGGUUCUGAUAAUAUUCCGUGAGCAGUACCCAUUCUUGUUUUCAAACGAUUCAGCAGUGAGAAAGAUGGUGGUGGACCUCACACCCAUGUUGGCCCUCUGCAUUGUAAUCAACAACGUCCAACCUGUUCUCUCAGGAGUUGCAGUUGGCGCAGGGUGGCAGACAGCAGUUGCUUACGUUAACAUCGCAUGUUACUACAUCUUCGGUAUUCCUCUCGGUCUUGUUUUGGGCUACGUUCUCGACUUCGGUGUCAUGGGAAUCUGGUCUGGAAUGCUGUCAGGGACCAUCUUACAAACUGCGGUUCUAUUCUUCAUGAUCUAUAAAACUGAUUGGAAUAAAGAGGCCUCCCUUGCGGAAGAUAGGAUAAAGAAGUGGGGUGGGCAUUCCAAAACGCAUGCAUGAUGCAUGGGAGAAUAAUCAAUAAAUAUGAAAUUUUGCAAUAAAUUCUAGAAGCUGAUUGUACCCUUCUUUAUUUUCACGCCCUAUAACCUAUUAUUAAUUUGCUACUUCUCCUUUUUUGGGACGUGGACGAUCCUGCAUUCAAUUUCUUUUAAUGAAUAAUGUUAUGUUCUCUAGCUA